AUGGCAAUGGUAACAAUGAUAAUGGGGAUGAGGAUGGGGAGACUGGAAACAGGAGUUAGCACCGGAAAUCUUUUGGUUGAUAAAUGUGAAGCAUUGGCACAUAAAAUGUUUGAAAUCGUACUUUUGAUAGACGAACGACACUGUAGUGUUUUUUUUAUUAAGAAAAGAAGAAGAAGAUAUCUCUAUGCUCAUCGCUUGAGUAAAUGUAGGGGUAGAUCUGAAGGUGUAGUUCGUAUGGCCAAGUUGGAUUGGACGGGCGGAAUUUCUUUGGAUGUGAAGGAUGUUUGGGCCAUUUGCAUGAGUCGGGGAUUAGAUGUUAAGAAUGAUUUUGGGCAAUCGAAUGUUUUCUUCUGUUUGAAUUUUCAUGCUCCGGAAUUAUUCCAGACUAGUGCAAUCCUAAAAGUGUCAUGUCAUCAUGGUCAUAAAUCUUUGAGUAUAUUUAUCCUCAAAGUACAUUGA